AUGGCAGCGCAAAUCACGAAAGUCGACGGAACCACGGUGGUGCACGUGGCGUCCGAGAAGCCCAGCGACCCUUUGAUUUAUUUGAUCCCCGGAAACCCUGGGCUUUGUGAGUACUACUUGGACUUUGUCAACGAAUUGGCCAGCUUGUUGCCGGGCCAUGAAAUUGUCGCCCCCUCGCACAGAGGGUACAGUUUGGACAGUAAACCGGGCGAAUUGACGCUGCGGUCGUACAAUCUGGACGACCAAAUUCGCCACAAGAUUGAGCUCCUGGAGGCACUUGUGACGCAGCAGCGCAAGGUCAUAGUUCUAGGUCACUCUGUGGGGGCCUGGAUAGCCCAGCGAGUGGUAACUCAUUUCAAAAACCACACCAACGUGAACAUUGAGUUUGUCGGUCUGCUGACGCCUACAGUCAAAGACAUUGCUCAGAGUCCGCGGGGGCUAAAGGUCACCAAGCUGGGUCGGUAUUUAAGUCCCGGCUUUUUGGCGGGUGCGCUCCGGGUGCUCUACUAUGUUAUGCCUGGUUCGUUCUGGCAGUACUUGAUGAACAGGCUUUUCCGCAAAUCAAAGAAUCCAGAUUAUGCCAGGCAGGUAUCUCUCCGGUACGCUCAGCGUCCGUCUAUGGUCUAUCAGACGCUGUCGCUGGCCACUGAGGAGAUGACCACAAUUGGUUCAGAUACAGAGCCGCACGAUAUUGCUGGGUUCUGGGAUUCGACGAGAUACACCAUCUGGGGAUUUUUUGCCCAUGACGACCACUGGGUUGCCCCGAAGACUCGCCAGGCCUUGUUUGAUGCCUAUGGAGACAAACCCAAUGUGCACUUUGAAAUUGUCCCUGACCAGACCAUUCCACAUGCCUUUUGUAUCAACAGAAGUCGCGAGGCGGCCGAUUAUGUCGCUGCAGCGAUCAUUAAAUUUGAAAAGCAGUCUCUGGUUGAGUCAAUUGAAGAGCUCAAACCUCUAGAAGUUGUCCCAGAGGUGCAGACCGCGGAGGCUCUGGCUCAGAAGCAGUCGCAAGCUCCCAGGGAGGCAUUGGGUACAUCCGAGAAUGUUUCUGAGGACUCGACGUUGAAACUGGCACCCAAAUUGGAAGAGGCCCCUAAACUGGUGGCCAAACUGGAGGGCAAGCUGGAGCCCAAACCGGUCAAAGCGGAGCCCAAAUCAGCAGCCACGUCGGCGGCAGCAUCGGCGGCCAAGUCAGCGGCUCAAUCGGCCUCUAAGGCUCACUCUCCACUGGAACGAAUCGCUACACCCACAUCCCAGAUCUCCAAGGACUCUGACGGAAGCAAAACCCCUCAAUCAACUGCGUCCAAAGAGUCAGGCAGGAAGUCAUCGAUGAGACGACUCGGUAAAGCGCUCUCUCGUAAAAAAAAGCAAGCCUAA